UAGUGAAUGUUAGUGUCGGUCAGUGUGUGUUGAUGACUGCAUUCGAUAGUUUAUUCUGACUUUUAAACUGUAUGUAACGGUUUAAAUCGUAUAAAAGUAAGCAUAGAAUAACCAAGCAUCAAAAUUGUGCAGCACCUGUUUUAUUAAUGGAGUAUCUUUUAUUUUGAAAUCGUUAUUACAUCUGGAGUAGGCUUAAUAUUACUUGACUACUGCCAAAAAUGCUGAUGUUUAUGUUGUUUUUAUUAAGAAAUACUUAAAAUUUCUUGUUUCAAGUCAUGUAGAACUAUGUUGUUGCUGUGGGGACCUUUGGACCCUCCAUGGAACCCCGUGGUAAAGCUGUGCCACGUGGCACAGCCACAAGCCCAGAAUCAGCUAUGGCUUCUGAACUGUUUGAUCAGUUUGUAUCUGCUGCAACUUUCAAAUCAGUGCUUCACACUAAUCGUCAGCUUUGUGAACUUUUGCGACUAAAGCCUACAACUGUUACAAAUUUUUAUCCUCGACUAAAAGCAAAAUUACAUUCAUGGCGGGCAGCAUCCCUAUGGGCCAAGCUGGACAAAAGAGCUAGCCACAAAUGUUACAAUAGAGGAAAGGCCUGUCCUAACACUAGGGUUUUAAUAAUUGGUGCUGGUCCCUGUGGCUUAAGAGCAGCAAUAGAAGCUCAAUUAUUGGGAGCCAAAGUUGUGGUUUUGGAAAAAAGAGACCGUUUUUCAAGAAAUAAUGUUUUGCAUUUAUGGCCCUUCGUUAUACAUGACUUGAGAAAUUUAGGAGCAAAGAAAUUUUUUGGAAAAUUCUGCGCUGGCUCUAUUGAUCACAUCAGUAUACGGCAGUUGCAGAUUAUUCUUUUAAAAGUUGCAUUACUUCUGGGUGUAGAAGUUCAUGAAAACGUUGGGUUUGAGAGUCUGAUUGAGCCACCUGAAGAUCAGCAUGAGCGUAUUGGGUGGCGUGCUCAGGUUUCACCUUCUGACCAUCCUGUGUCUCAGUAUGAAUUUGAUGUUUUAAUAGGUGCCGAUGGGAAACGGAAUACUCUUUUAGGUUUCAAUAGAAAAGAAUUUCGGGGAAAACUAGCUAUUGCCGUCACUGCAAAUUUUAUUAACAGACACAGCCCUGAAGAAGCUAGAGUACCUGAAAUCAGUGGUGUAGCAUUUAUAUUUAAUCAGAAGUUUUUUCAAGAUAUGAAGGAACAAACUUCUAUAGACCUAGAAAAUAUAGUUUAUUACAAAGAUGAUACUCAUUAUUUUGUAAUGACAGCCAAAAAACAGAGCUUAUUGGAAAGAGGAGUCAUUAUUCAGGAUUAUAAUGAUACAGCAAGACUGCUUGCAGCAGAGAAUGUGGACAGAGAAGCUCUUAUGGAAUAUGCUAGAGAUGCCGCUGAUUUUGCUACUAGUUAUCAACUUCCACAUUUGGACUUUGCUGUUAAUCAUUAUGGACAAGCAGAUGUUGCCAUGUUUGAUUUCACUUCUAUGUAUGCUGCUGAAAAUGCUUGCAGGGUUAUAGAAAGGAGAGGACAUAAACUUCUGCAGGGACUUGUUGGUGACAGUCUUUUAGAGCCGUUUUGGCCAACUGGAUCUGGAUGUGCUAGAGGCUUUCUCAGCUCCUUUGAUGCUGCAUGGAUGAUCCGAAGUUGGGCAUCUGGCAAAAUGUCUGUUUUACAAGUCCUCGCAGAAAGAGAAUCCAUAUACCGACUCUUAGCCCAAACAACUCCUGAAAAUUUAAGCAAAGAUUUAAAUCAAUAUACCUUAAAUCCAUCAUCGAGAUAUCCAAAUUUGAAUCUUUCUGCUGUUUUACCCUUCCAAGUUAGGUCUUUAUAUGACACUGAUGGUAAAAUAGAAGAUGUCAUUGACACUAAUGUUGAAUUACCUAAGAAGAAACGACGAAGAGAAUCGAUGAUACAUCCCGAUACCUUGUUAAAUUGGUGUCAAAAACAAGUUGCAUUGAGUGAUAAAGUUAAAAUUCAAGAUUUCACAACAUCCUGGAAAGAUGGAUUAGCUCUGUGUACUAUAUUGAAUCAUUAUCGGCCUGAUCUCAUUGAUAUUAACAAAUUAGAUCCUGAAAAUGUUGCCCAGAACAAUCAGCUGGCUUUUGAUAUUUGUGAAAAAGAGCUUGGCAUUCCUCCUGUUAUGACUGGUCUGGAAAUGGCUGAAUGUGCUGUUCCUGAUAAAUUAACUAUGGUUUCUUAUAUAUCCCAGGUUUAUGAAAGCUUUCGAGGCGAGAUUCCUGUUGUGUCUCGGAAAUCUGAUAUUGGAGAAGAACGAACUGCAAGUCCAAGUAAACAGUUUUAUAGUACGCCUUUAUCUAUAUUAAAUAAAGUGAGUAACAGACUGCAGAAUAAGCGUAAGUAUUCUGUUGAAAAAGAAAUGGCCAAAGAUAAAGAAAGAGGUGAAAAUGUUCGAAAACGUAGUUCUCUUCUCACCCACAAGAGGAGAUCUCGUGAGAAAGCUUUUGCACAGGACAAAAAUCAAGAUAUAAUAUUGACAGAUUACAAGAGCAUCCCAAUAAAUAAACCACGAGAAUCUAUUAAUACCCGUGUUAAGAACCUUGAAGAGAAAAUGAAAAAAGAUGCAGGAUUACGAUGCCAUGUUACAGAAGAAUCUGAUACUGUUCGAACACCUCACAUUAGAUCUGAACAAGCAGAAUUAAACAUAAAAAUGCUACAACAACAACUUCAGAACAAUGGCAAUGAAGCAAAUGUGAAAAAGAAUAAAGUACCAAAAGUUGGCAAGCUAAGAAAAGAUGAAUGGAAUGUAAAAAUCAUUGAAGAAAAAAUUAAACAACAGAAUACUCAACAGCAGAAGAAUUCCACUCCUAACAAGCCUAGAGUUUAUCAUGAAAUUUUUGCCAGUAAAUUGCAACAAAUGAAUGAAAAACUAAAAGCUGGAGGUACUUUAACACCAGAAGAGGAGGCAAGAUAUAAAAAGUUUGAUGCUUCACUUACACGACUGAAAGACAGAUUAUCCAAAGGUAAUUUAGAUGUUGGUGAUCGUGGAAGGAACCAGAUUGCAGCAAUGACUGAUCAUAUGACAAAGAUAUGGGAUUUGAAACAGGGAAGAAAGAAGGAUCCUUUGCCUCCAGGGCCUCUUGUUAAAGGGGCAGUUGAGACUGAUUCUCAAAAGAGUGCUGCAGGCAGUACAGUUUGUUAUUUUUGCAAGGAACGAGUCUAUUUGCUAGAACGUCUCAGUGCUGAAGGCUUAUUUUUCCAUCGUACUUGUUUCAAAUGUGAAUAUUGUAACACUGCUUUAAGACUUGGUGACUACUCAUUUGACAAAGAUUCUGGAGGAAAAUUCUACUGCAAACCUCACUUCCGCAUGCAAAAAACUGAUCUCAGGCAACAAGAAAUCAUGAAACGUAAAGAAGCAUUCUUAUCUUGUGCCUUAGAAAACCAAGAAAAAGAAAAGCUUUAUAAGAUUCUGUUAGAUAAUACUGAAAAAGCUUUAUCACCACGUCAGUCAACAGAAACUGCUAAAUCCAUUUCUGAAGACAAUGCUGCUGGUGAGAAAGAGAAAAAAGAGGUGCAUAUAUCACCUACUAACUUACUAACUGAACCACCAAAUACCAUUCCUAGAGAUCAAACACCAGAGCGAGUUGAAUAUGAAAACAGUAUAAUUGAAAUGUCUGAGGACGAACUAUUGGUAAGUGAACUGGAAGAGGAAGAAUUAACACAAAAGAAUUUAGGACCAUCUCAAGAUUUAGCAACCAGUGAAGAUGAUUAUUCAGAUUUAAGUACUGAUUCAGAGACCGAUGAAGAGGCAUUCGCUGAAGAACUUGAAAGAUCAUUAACUGCUGAUGAAACCAGAAAAUUGGCAGAAACUUGGAAUAGAAAAUAUUCUGCUGAGCAGUCACUUAUUUACAGUGACUCAUCAUCAUCUGCUGAUGAUGAGGGAUCAGACACAGAAAUCGGCAGUGAUGACACAAGUCAAGACAUCGACAGUGAUGCAGAAUAUAGCGUAGAGCAUGACGAGGAAGAUAAAGAUGGGGUGCAGGUAGAAACAGAGGUAGAAAAUUCAGCCAUGCCUAAAACCCCAGAAGAAAAGGAAUUCACCAUGGAAGUUCCUGUUAUUGAUCUGAAAUCUAUGAACCAGAUUUCUGAAGAUGAUACCACUUCUGAAUCUGAUUCUGAUGAAAUAACAGAUAGUGAAGAGGAAUCUGAUGAAGAAUCUGGUACAGAAGUAGAUUCUGAAUCAGGAUCUGAAUCUGAGUCAAAUCCAUUACCACCUCCUCAAAUUCCUACAAUCAUUAUUUAUGAGUCACCUCCUCAAAAUCCAGAACUUGAUCAAGAGUGGAAUGAAAAUGUAGCUUCUGAGAAAUCCAUUCCCUGUGUUGCCGAUAAUACCAUUAUUCUGUCAUCGGAUACUUCAGCUGCAAAUUCUGGUGAUGAACAGAAUGAUCUGCCAGUUGAAGCAAUUGCUGCUAAUUUGGAUCCAUCUGAAACAAAAGCUGAAGCUGCUUCAGCUCCAGAUGACAGAAAUGCUGAUGGUAAGUUCACCCAGCUAAGUGAUAUGGAUAAGAAUCUUGAUUCCCCUUGCUCUAGAAUGGACUUUGAUGUUUCUGUUGUUGAAAUUUUGGAAACUGUUUCCUCUCCUGAUUUAGAAAGUCCUCUAAAAUGUACUGCUCCACUUGCUACAGGUGAAAGCUCAUCAGAUUUGAGUAUAUCCUCAGAUAUUGAAUCUCUUGCACAAGAUAUUGUAUCUGGUGUUUUAAAAGCUGCUCAAGAUUCAAUUUUGCAGAGUGUCUUAUCCAGCAGCAUUAACAGCAAAAAAGAAACUUCCCCACCAUCUGUAGUGAAUGCUGAGGACAUAUUAAUUGAUAAAACUUCUAUGGAAAUGGUUUGUUCUCAAUCUGUUGAAACUCCUAUAAGUGAUCUUAUUACCCCUGAAAAAUCUAAAGGCAAAGAAGUUCAGAGACCUGAGGUUGAAGAAAUAGAUCUAUGUUCCCCUACAUAUGAGGUUGAGAAAUCUGUUUUGACCAAUGAAAGCAAGGAAAUGAUACUUGACUCUACUAGCAAGUUUGUCGAGAAACCUUCUAAAACAGAAAUCCACUCUGUUGAAGAAUUACCAAUUUCUACUGAAGAAAAACUCUCAAAUGAAAACUCGCCUUCAAAGGCUGUAAUUAAUGAAAAAUUAGAAACAAAAUCUGGAUUCAUAGAAGAAAAUGAGCCGUGCGAACUAAUAAAAUUAGAUGCUAAUGACACAAUUAUUCUUGAUGACAGUAAUGAAUUUUCAUCUUGUAAUGAAUCUCCAAAUGAUUCUAAGAAUAUUACAUUUAGAAAAAAGAAUACCAGCUUUAAAAAUAGUAUGUAUGAAUGGGAUAGUGAUAAGAGUUUAUCUUUUCCUGGUUUUGAUUUUGAUGAAGAUAUUAUAAACGUUGAUGAUUUUAUUAAAAAUGAUGGAUUGUAUCGUGCUCAUCUUGCCAGUCUUAAUGAUUCAAAUGCUGAAAUUGUUGAGGAGGAAGAAUAUAUACCUGAAUUAAAGAAAGUUGCAUGUGCAAAUGAAGCAAUUAAAACAAGUCCUGAUAUUACAAAGCCAUCAGAUAUUGUUAGUUCAUGUUUAUCUCAAAGCCUGCCAAAUAAUUCAAGUUCCUUUUUAACUGGUAUCUCCUUUCCUAAAACAGUGUCAUAUACUUCUGCUGAAUUUGAAAAUGCCAAAUUGGGAACCACAGAACCAAAAUCCAAUAGCAAAGAAGAUCCUGUAAAAUUGUCAAAAGAAACCUGCUAUAAUAGAUUCGCUGAUGAUAUAAUGAGUAGAUCAGAUUCUGCUGUAAUAACAUCCACUGUUUCUAAACAAGAAACAUCCGGAUUAAGCUCAUCUAAAGAAGAAACAAAAUAUAAAGGCUAUAGUGGAAGCUUUGCAGAAAAAGUAAGGCCAAAGAGCUUAUUUAGUGAUGCUAUUUAUCUUCGCUCUUUGGAUAUAAAACUACAAAAGCAGCCAUUUCCAUCUUUAAACAAAAGCGAUGAUAAAUUGGAUGAAUGUUGUAAAAGUGAAGAUGAUCCAGUAAGGAGAAAACUUUUUGAUGACAGUAAUAAGAGUAUUGGGCUAGAUUCAUCGAAUUUAAUUACUUCCAUCAAAAUGCCAGUUAGUACUACUGCAUGCCAAACACCUAUUGUAGCUGCAUCGGAUGUUUCAUGUUUAAAACACAAAACACCUGUGGAAAGCAGUGAUAAAUUACCUAAUUUAAGCAAACAAAAGAUUUCUGGCCAUAAACAAUCAUCUGUUUCAUUUUCAACUCAAGAUUCAUACACAGAUUUAGUGUCUCCAUAUACUUGUGUGCAGACUAAAACACCUAUAGAGAAAAGUUUUCCAACAAAGGUCAAACCUAAAUGUGAUAUGGACAUCUCAAAGCUGAGGCAGAGACGUGAAAAACGAAAAAGUGUGCAUGAAGAUAUUCAGGGUCUUCCAUUUGCAGAUGAAGAAAAAUUAAUUUCUCCUGUUGAUCCUAUUGGAUCUUCUGAUGUAUUUUUGACACCUAAAGAAUUAAGUAAACCGGAUUUGUUGUCAAAUGUAAAUUCAUCUGUACCUUCAAAAACACCUGAUUUAAUUGAUGAAGACAGAUACUUACGUGUACAAAGUACAGUUGAUCAAGAAAAAGCUCGUCAAGAAGCAAGAGCACGCGCCAGAUUAAAAAGUGAUGAAGAACUUGGUUUAAGCCCUAAUAAUUAUCGUAAAAAGUACCGUCGGCAGCUUUCACUGAAUUCCAUUAAUUAUGAUGAACUUUGUAGCGAUGAGUUUUGUGAUCAGGAUGAUGAACUUGAAGAUGACAUAAUAAGUAACAUUUGUCAAAUGAAAAAUACUGGAAUUGAGGAUACCUUCAACAUGAUCAAAAAGACUGAACUCUGUCCAAGAACUAAAACUCCAGAAACACCACUUGCAUCUAGUCAACAAUUUUUCCAACCAAUAGAAUCCAAACUAUCCUCAACUGAAGAUGAAUUAUUUUUAUCAACAGAUUCUUUAGAUGUUCCAGUGAAGAAAGCAGAUUUAUCACAAAAAAAGGUAGCUCCUGUCAUAAAACCUCCAAAGCAUUCCACUGUCACCAGUUCAUCAGAAACUAGUCCCGAUAUUUGUAUCGUAGAACCAUCAUUUGAUUCCAAACCUAAAACAAAAAGCAAAAAUUCCCUUCUUGAUGGCUCAGGUGAAGAAGAGAAAUCCAAAAACAAUGGAAAGAAGUCAAUUUUUUCAAUUUUAAAUUUUGGCAAAGGCAACCAGUCGAAAGAGAAGGCAAGACAAAAAUCAAAGAGUUCUGAAAAAGAUCUCUCAUCCUCACUUCCUAAUGAUAUUGGAGCUAGGUCUGCUGUCAAAACCAAACCUUUCUCCAAUUUAAAACUUUCAAAGUCAAAAGAAAAAUGUCCAAAACCUAAAUCCAAAUCUGCCCCACCAGAAAGUUUGCCAACAUCACCACUUGAAAACAAUUUUCCUCAGGAAGAAUCAUCUAAUAUUUCAUUCAAUGCUCAACUGGCCAAAACCAUACCUAAAUAUACUGUCUAUAGAAAUCCAGAAACUACCAUAUCUACUUUUCCUGUUCAUUUACCUGUACCAAAAAUGGAAAAUGGACUUGCUCCUAAAGCUUCUGAAGAUAGCUUCAGUGAUGAAGAUGAUACCCAAGGGAGCAGAUCCGGACAUUUUCCAAGUUCUGAGAAAGCUGACAAAUCUUCUCUUGAUAAAGAGAGAAGGGCUCAAAGAAUUCUACAGAAAGUUCAGAGACAACAGGUGCUCAAACGAAUACGUAAUGCACAAGAAACUCAACGAAGACUUGAGGAAUUAGAAAUUCAACUAAAAGAACUUGAACAACAAGGGGUUGAAGUCGAAAAAAUGCUCAGAGGUGAAGGUAAUCGCAAAGGCAAAACAGAAGCUGAACUUAUGCAAGAAUGGUAUACUCUCAUUCAUACAAAAAAUAAAUUAAACAGGGAGGUUCAAGAGAACAUGAUUCGAUUAAAAAGCCUAGAAUUAGAGGACCGUCAAUGCAAAUUACAGCAAGAAUUUAAUCAAAGGAAUGCUGAAGGCUCUCAAAAGAACGCAACCCAAUUAAUGGAAGAACGUAAAAUUCUGGAUGAAAUGCUCAAAAUUGUGGAUCAGAGAAAUGAACUUGUAGCAGCACUAGAUCAGCUAAGACUGAAAGAAGAAGAGGAAGAAAAGACAAUUACUACUUCAGAUGUAUUUACAAAAGGUAUAAAAUCUCCAAUAUCAGCAGGAGAGAAGAGCUGAAAAACUUUUAAGAAUCCAUGCAUAUUUUAAUUUUGUGAUGAGUUUCUUUGCAUGCUUUAUAGCAUAACAAAAACAAAUCAUGACAAAUAGAAACUCUUGUCUUUUUUUUAUUUAAUUUUUUUAAGUGAAAGAUCGCUUAACUAACUUUCAAUGUGGGCAGCUCUAAACUAGAGCUCUUCUCUUACAGCAUUCAUUUCACAUAUUGAAAACGGAUGCAGACGCAAGUUCAUUCCUACUAAUUGGUAGAAGAUGCAUUUUAUAGCUUUUCAUAUAAAACUGAAGAUUAAUCUCUGCACAUGUCAGAUAUAUUUUUAACAGAAUUAAAUGUUAGAGAUGACCACUAUGCCGUAGACUAGAGUGGUCUGAACACAUUUUAUCUACCGAGUCAUUUCCGCCAGAAAAUUUAAGGUCACAAAAAAGGCAAAAGUUUGUUAUCCUAAAUACACUUUCUAAUAUUUGCAUGCCAGUUUUUGUAUAUUUCAUUAAUUAAAUAUUUAUACAUAAGCAUAAUUUAUAAAAUAUUAAAUUUUUGUAAGAAUAGCUACCUAAAUCGAGCCUUGUAAACCAACAAUUAUAAAAAGUUUUCUAUGCUGUUGAUUUUUAUCUCUAUAAAAGCAGCAUUUCUUUUUAAAGCAAUAAACAAAAAUGUGUUAAGUUUUUUUAAUUUGACAUUUUUUUUAUAAGUUCAAAAGCAUCUUUUCAUGCAACACAUCCAUCAUAAUGUUUUUAAGAUGGAAUGCUACACAUUAAUGAAUGUUAUUAUGAUUAAUUUAGAAUUAGUUCUCAUUAUUCAGUGAAAUCUUGAAAAGAAAUUAGAAAUUUUCUCUGUAUUGCUACUACUUAAUAUUUUUUUUACAUAGGUGCUUAAAUAUUGUUUAAGCUUGUAAAAAAAAUUAUAUUCAUUUUUUUUAUUCAUCUGCAUUUUUUUUUACAAUAUUCUCAUGAAUUUAGCAUUGAUUAUUUUGGACGUGUGAGCUAUAUCACUUAAUUUAUUUUUUAAAAUGCUCAGUAUUGUAUUACCUCAGAAGUAUGAUUGGUUUUUUUCAUAAAUAAACAUGCUGUUGAAUUAUAAAAUGUAGUAAUUACCCUUGUUUGUGCAAUAGCUGUAUUUUGAGUAACAUGAAAUUUGUGUUUGGAAAUUUAUGUUGAUGUUGUGUAUGUAAUUUGUUUCAUAAAUUUGAUUGUACCUCUAAAUCAUGUAUUGUUUCUGUUUUGUUUGUCAGUUUUAUCUUCUAUCAAUAUAUUUUUUUCUAUAGAAGUGUAAAGCUUUGUUAUUAUUUAGUUAUUGUUAUGAAAUUCCUCAUUUUCAAUAACUUUGUGUUUAAAAGGUAUUGUGUAAAAAGAUAAAAUUAAUUGCAUAUAUAUCUAUUACUGAUCGAUGUAGUUAAAGAAAAAUUAUUAACUUCUUUUUUUGGGCACCUUUUAAAGCUUGCACUAUAGGAAAUACUUUGGAUAAAAAUAGUUCUUAUUUUAAAUCAGUUUUGUUUCUCCUUAUUGAAAAGCAUUCUGUUGUGGUUUUGUGCAUUUAUUUUUUGUUAUUAAAAAAAGACAUUUGUGAAUUUUUAAUAAAUUUUUAUGUGUCCUAUUUUAAAUUUUAAGGGAGAAAAAAAACUGAAGCCUUGGAGUUUGUGAUAUGUAUAUCUUUGUAUCAUAGUGUAUUGUCAGAGAAUAACAUAGGAAAUGUUAUACAGUCUUGCUUCCAUUUUUAUGUUUUUGUAACUUAUAAAACUAUUAUUUGUGUGCUUUACAUUAUUCCAAUUUUAAAAGCUUUGUUAUUGUAGUUAUUUAUCUUGGCUGAAAAUGCCUGAAAUGUGUGAUAAUGGAAAAAUAAAAUCUUUUAUUUUGC